AUGGGUCCCCAAAGAAGGUUGAGAGUGUAUGUUGGGUUUGAAUCUCCUUCUAUCAUCAAAUAUUUGGAACCUAUGACAGGAGAUAUAUUUACGGCAAGGUUUACUGAUUGUCAUUUUGAUAAAUCAGUAUACCCAACAUUAGGGGGAGAACAUAAGCAGUUAGAAAAAGAGAUAGAUUGGAAUUCAUUAUCUCUAUCUCAAUUGGAUCCUCGAACAAAUCAAUGUGAGCAAGAGGUUAAAAAGAUAAUUUAUUUGCAAAAUGCUGCAAAUCAACUACCAUAUGCAUUUACUAACCUUCCAAGGGUUACUAAAUCUUAUAUUCCAACAGCAAAUGCUCCAGUUCAAGUUGAUGUCCCGGUAGGACAAAUUAUUAAAGCAAAUGAGUCAAAACCACGUUUAAAACGUGGAAGGCCAAUUGGUUCAAAGGAUAAAAAUCCUCGAAAAAGAAAAAGAACAAAUGAUCAUGAAUAUUAUACCAUGGAGGAAAUUGCUCAAGAAGAGCUCCCAAAUAUAACAAAUGAUAAGACCACAAAGAAGGUCCAAAUAACUGAAAAUAAUGAGAAUGAAGAAAUCUUAAUAAGUUAUGUCUCGACGAGAAAAAGGUGGAAUCGAAAUAAUAUUGUGGUAGACAAUAAUUUUGCUUAUAAUGUUGUUGUUGAAAUAAUGCAACAAGGUGAGGAUGUUGAACCAAAAUCUGUCAAUAAAUGCAAACAGAGAAAUGAUUGGCCAAAAUGGAAAGACGCGAUUCAAGCGAAAUUGGCUUCACUUGAAAAACGUGAAGUUUUUGGACCAAUAGUCCGAACACCUGAAGGUGUCAAGCCAGUGGGGUACAAAUGGGCUUUUGUGCGAAAACGAAAUGAAAAAGGUGAAGUCGUAAGAUAUAAAACACGACUUGUGGCAUAA